UGCGCUGCCUGCUGAUAACGGGGCUCAGCGGGAGCUCCCGGCGCGGUGUUAGCGGAGGGAUCGCGCCCGGUUCUGUCCGGUGCUUGCAGCGGAGCCCGAGGGGCUGCUGCGCCCGCUCUGCCCGUCUCUGGUUGCUCCCCCCGGACGGCUGUAGGGCUUCGCACCGCAGCACGCGCCCGGCCCUCGGCCGCGGAUCCCUGGGGUGCCGCGCACCCACCGCCCAUCCCCUGCAUCGAUCCCAGAGGAAGGCGCCCGGCGUCCCCCACCCCCCCGGGACCGCAGCCCAUCGCCGUGACACGGCCACGGCCCCCGCCGCGCGGCCUGCCCGUCCCCGCCGCCGCUAGUGGCCACUGCCGCCGCCGGCUCCCGGAGCGUCGGCGGAGCAGACAGUCCCCGCUGCAAGAUGGCUGCUGCCGCGCUGCCGUGACCGCGGGCUUUGUUCCCGCAGCCGCCGCGCUCGGGGCCACGCAGCGCCCGCCCCGUGCACCGAGCGGGACCCGGCGGGGCGGGGGCUGCGCCGCUUCGUCCCGCGGCCGGGGGUUGGGUUCGGGGCCUUUUUUUCCUUUUUUUUUUUUUUUUUUUUUUUUUUGGCUUAGCAUUGUUUGGGUUUUUUGUUUUUUUUGGUUUUUUUUAAUUUGAUUGGUUUUCUUCUCCUAUUUAAAAAACAAAAUCUGGGAAGUUUUCCACCCCCCUCGCCCCAAAGCUCAUGGCAGCGGCUCCAUGUCAAACCAGGAAAGUGGUACUAGACCUUCCUUACCCAGUUAAAUGUAGAGGCUGCUCCUCCAAGGCACGUCUCGGUUCAGCCGUAGCGCUUGGUUUCCCCGCCACAGCAAUAUGGUGCCUCCAGGGAAAAAGCCAGCUGGGGAAACUUCCAAUUCCAAUAAAAAAUGCAAGCGCUAUUUCAAUGAGCACUGGAAGGAAGAAUUUACCUGGCUGGAGUUUGACUAUGAGAGAAAACUCAUGUUUUGCAUAGAGUGUCGGCAGGCGCUGGUGAAGAACAAGCACGGUAAAGCGGAGAAUGCCUUUACCGUGGGCACGGACAACUUCCAGCGCCACGCGCUGCUGCGGCACGUCACCUCGGGUGCGCACCGCCAGGCGCUGGCCGUCAACCGGGAGCAGGUGGCCUUCGAGGCCCGCGGGCACGCGGAGCUGCGCUCGGUGCUGAAGGUGGAGGUGAACCCGGCCAAGGUGGCCGUCCUCACCACCGUGUACUGGAUGGCCAAGGAGGAGGUCCUGGAUGAGAAGUGCUCCUCGCUGCUGGACCUGCAGAAGCUCAACCUGUGCCAGGCGCUGCUCGCCACCGAGCACAGCGAGCACUACCGCGUCGGCAGCCUCCGGGACAUGCAGGCAGCGAUGGCCAAGGUCCUGCACAACGAGGACAGGCACCGCAUCAAGGCCUCGCCGUUUGUCGGGCUGGUGGUGGAUGAGACGGUGGAUGCGCAGGAGCGCCGCAGCCUGGCCGUGUUCAGCACCACCGUGUCCCCCUGCAGUGGGCAGACCUCCGCCACCUUCCUGGGCAGCUUCGAGCUGCCGGCCGGGGAGGCGGCCACGGUGACGGGCAAGGUGGGCGAGGUGCUGCACGCCUUCAGCAUCCCGGCCAUGAAGCUCACCUGGCUGAGCGCCCACAGCGCGUCGCUGGGGGCCGAGCGGCGGAGCGGGGCCGGCACCGCGCUGAGCUCGCUCUGCCCACUGCUCACCGAGAUGCACUGCCUGUCCCACGGCAGCUCCCUGCUGCCCACCCACAGCAGCCUCAGCAUCGAGUACCUCCAGAAGUACGAGACCACGGUGGAUGCCAUCUACAGGCUGUACUCCAGCCCCACGGGGGAAAGCAGUGGGCUGCAGGAGCUGUGGAGCGUCCUGGACCUCUGUGAGAUUGACCUCGGCAGCCCCAGGGCCAUCUGCUGGACUUCCAUCUUCCCAGCCGUGGAGGCCAUCGACUCCUCGUGGCCCACACUGGUGCUGCUGCUGGAGAGCGAGGCGGAGCGGUCGCCCGUGGCCCUCGGCCUCUGCCAGGAGCUCAAGAAGUUCCACUUUGUGGCCUUCACCAAGAUCCUGCUGGAUGUCCUCCCCAUCUUCCAGAAGCUCAGCCGCUUCUUCCAGAUUGAGGACUUCGACCUCUCCAUCCUGAAGCCCAUCGUCUCUGCCACGGCCACCACCCUGCAGGCACAGAAGGGCUCCAGCGGCCAGAACCUGCAGGAGUUCCUCAGCGCCGUGACCGAGCACCCACAGGGCGAGCAGGAGGGCGAGAGCCGGCUCUACUACAAGGGCGUGGAGUUGGCCAACUGCUCCCCGGUGCACCUGCGGCACUUCGAGCACCUGAAGGACACCUACCUGGAGAGCAUGCGGGGCAGCCUGCUGGACAGGUUCCCCAGCGGCGUCCUGGAGGCCGUCAGCUCCUUCUCAGCCAUCUUCAACCCCAAGUGCUACCCCCAGUCUCUGGAGGACAUCAGUGGCUAUGGGCUCAGCGAGCUGAACUUCCUCCUGCAGGCGUACUCCCAGGUGGUGGUCAGCGAGAGGGCCCUGAGUGAUUUCCCCCUCUUCAAGCGGAUAGUCUUCAGCCUCAGCCAGCUGUCCUUCAGGGACCUGUGCGUCAAGCUGGUCUACAGCAGCUCUGAGAUGCACGAGCUCUUCCCGGACUUCGCCGUCCUCGCAGCCAUUGCCUUGGCCUUACCGCUGGGCUCGGCGCUCGCCAAGAAGAUCAGCCGAGGCCGGGAGCUGCUGAAGCGCGGCCGGUCGCGCUGCACCAAGGACGAGGGGCUCUCCAACCUCAUGAAGAUCGCCAUCGACGGGCCGGCCAUCGACGAGUUUGACUUUGCGUUGGCCAUUGAAUAUUAUGAGAGCAUGCGGGAGUCCGGCUUCAUCAAGACGCAGGUGAAGUGAGUGGUGGGUGGCGAAUGCAGAGCCCUGCAGGCAGGAGCCAGGUCUUAUGACAGCCCCAAGCGUCACCGCCAUGCUGCCGUCCCCAGCAGCCGUCACUGCCCCGGAGGAACCGACCGUCAUUGGUACCAGCUUCCACCGGGAAGCCCCACAGAGCCACGCCGGUCCCACUGCCGCCCCUUGCUUCAUCCCCCAGACGUGUGUCUGAGUUGGCCAGGGGCUUGAAUCUUGGGGUGUUCCUGUUGGCGUCACUAUGGCUGGCAUCCCACCACACGGUCAGGUCUUUCCAGGGUUUUGGUUUUCAUUGUAUUAUUGGAGAUGAAAGCAGAUCUUCUCUUGAGCGCACGUUGCCUUUGCACAACAAUACGUGGCAGCUUAUCCGUAAUACUCUGCGAAAAUACCUGAUUUUUGUUAUUGUGGAGCCUCGAGGAGGAAUGCAGGAAGGCAGCGUGUCCCUGCUGCAAGCCCCGCAGUGCCCGGCUGCGAAUCGUGGGUGUCCUCGCACACAGCGCACGGUGUUUGGGCAGCGGCAUCGACUCGUGGUCAUUUCCAAAGCAAUGAUUUAGAGAAUGGCAUUGUAAUCGCCAAGGAAACAGUAACUUCGAAAUGCAUCAUCGUGUAUAUAUGUGUAUGUAGAUAUAUAUAAAUAUAUAUAUAAAUAUAUAUAUUAAAAAGAUCUACCUUA